AUGUCUGAAGCUUGAGCUCGGAGUCAUUGAGCGGCAUGAGCAGAUGGAUUUGGGAACUCUGGUCAUACAGGAAGGGCAGCGUCUGUGCUUCAUAUAACACGUCUUAUCUUAUCAAAAGCAAAUCAACACCCCUAUCUCCCUUAUCGCAUCUUAGUCAUCAGUGACUCGUCGUCAUUCCGACCCUGUCCCCCUCGUGCCCCUCCCUCCGUGCCGCGUUCAGUUCCUGCGGAACCCAGCGAAGGGCGUUUGCUAUGCUUGACGUGAACUCUGUCCCCGACCACCGCCCGCUUCAACCAAUCACUCUCUCCCUUGGCUGAUACCGCUGCCCGCAACCACCCAAUCGCAGUCUUGUUGGCUUCCAUCUCUGGAUCCCACCUGCGGACUACCAUCUGAUAUCGGACUGCGCCGGCCGGCUCUUGUCGUCGCCAUGUCAUUCGUCACCGUCGCCGCGGCGACCUUGCCCAGUGUCCCUCUGGACUUCAAGGGAAAUCGCGACCGGAUCCUAGAGUCUAUUCGCAUCGCCAAGGCUCAGGGAGCUACACUCAGAACCGGCCCAGAGUUGGAGAUUCCCGGCUAUGGCUGCCUUGACCACCACCUUGAAGGCGAUACCUUCCUCCACAGCUGGGAAGUCCUCGCCGAAAUCAUCAGCGAUCCCAUCUGUAAGGACAUGCUGAUUGACCUUGGCAUGGGAGCCCGCCACCGAAAUGUCCGUUACAACUGCCGCGUACUCUGCACCUAUAAGCACAUCUACCUCAUCAGGCCAAAGCAAAGUCUAGCCAACGAUGGCCUCUACCGCGAAGCCCGGCACUUCACGGCAUGGACAAAGCUCCGAGAGGUCGAGACCUACUACCUAGAGGCCGUGGCCGCCGAGGUCACCGGCCAAAAGUCGGUUCCUAUUGGUGACUUGAUUCUCAGCACUCUUGACACCGCCGUUAGUUGUGAAACUUGUGAAGAGAUGUUCUCGCCCCUUAAUCCUUCAACGUUUCUCGGCCUCAACGGCGCCGAGAUCAUCCUCAACAGCAGUGCCAGCCACGCUGAGCUUCGGAAGCUCAAGACACGGCUCGAUCUCAUCUCGAACUCAACGCGGAAGUUGGGCGGUAUCUAUGUGUAUGCCAACGCGACUGGCGUCGAUGGCGAGGCGCGCAUGCUGUUCGAUGGAUCUAGCAUGGUGCUCGCUAAUGGCAAGGUCCUCGCACAAUCCUCCCAAUUCUCUUUGAAGCCCGUUGAAGUCAUCACUGCCACUGUCUCUGUAGAAGAGGUCAGAAGCUACCGCUCCAGCAUCUCUCGAAACGUGCAGGCUGCUGCCCAACCUGACUUCCCUAGAGUCGAAUGUGACUUGAGACUUACGAGACCCGCCGACGAAGUGUACCUGUCAGAUCACCUCCAAAUCGCAAAGGAGAUCGAGCUUAAGAUCCUCGACCCCAUGGAAGAGAUUGCCUUGGCGCAAGCGGUCUUCCUCUGGCAGUACCUCUGCCGCACAAACUCCCCUGGCUACUUCCUUGCCCUGAGUGGAGGUCUGGAUUCCUCGACGGUUGCGCUCUUCGUCUACAGCAUGGCCAAGCUUGUGCUCCAGUCCAUUGACGCCGGAGAGAUGUCGACAUUGGAAGACUUGAGACGCAUCACUGGUGACAAGACCUUCAUGCCUGAGACGCCGCAGGAAGUUGUUUCGCGCUUGCUGCAUUCGUGCUACAUGGGAACUGUCAAUUCUGGAGACGAUACUCGAACAAGAGCCCGUCGCCUUGCAGAGGUACUCGGGGCCUUCCAUUCCGACAUUUCAAUCGAUGAGGCGGUUCAAGCUCAUGAGGCUAUCAUCGAGAAGACACUCAACUUUAAACCUCGGUAUGGUGUUGAAGGCGGCACUCCUGCCGAGAACCUGGCCCGGCAAAAUAUACAGGCAAGAAACCGUCUUGUGGUCCAGUACGAGCUGGCACAGCUGUCCACAACCGCAAGACAACUUCCAAGAGCCGGCGCAGCACUUCUCGUGUUGGGCAGUGGCAAUGUCGAUGAGAACUUGCGUGGAUACUACACCAAAUACGACGCCUCGUCCGCAGAUAUCGCUCCGCUAGGAAGCAUCUCCAAGACGGACGCCAAGAAUUUCCAAGCUUGGGCUAGAGAUCAGUGGGAUUUGCCCAUCAUGUCCGAGUUCCUCGAGGCCACGCCAUCAGCAGAGCUUCUUCCUCUAUCUGCCGGAGUCCAGGACGAUGAAGCGGACACCGAAAUGGGUCUGACAUACAGCGAACUCUCCGAAUUCGGUAUCCUGAGAAAGGUACACAAGCUAGGCCCGUGGUCUACGUACCUCCGACUCCUCGGAGACUGGAAAGAGAGGCCGGGCUACGGCCCCCGCGAAAUCGGCGAGCGCGUCAAGAGGUUUUUCCGCUUCUACUCCAUGAACCGCCACAAAGCCGUCAUCCUCACGCCCUCGCCGCAUCUCUCGGCGUACAACCCCGACGACAACCGCCACGACCUCCGUCCCUUCUUGUACGUCGUCAACUGGCCGUGGCAGUUUUCCAAGAUUGAUGCGCAUGUGGAAGAGCUUGAGAAGAAGAUUGCGGACAGGGCGAGGCCGGCGGAUGUCCAGUUUGACGCGCUCGAUUAGGAGACGAGACGCGAGUUGCUGGAUGACGCUCACAGACGGAUGGCGAGUUGAGGAAUGAGAUGAUGCGGGAAGGCUUGAUGAACGCUCCAAGGUUUCAAGGUUCCAAGGAGAGAGCGAACUUUCGGCUCCCGCCCUCCGCCACCUUGACAAC